AUGCUGCGACGACGAGCGUACGCGACCGCCGCGAGCGUGACGGAGAAGUCCUGCGCUCAGAUAACACCACCUUAUGCGGACCUCAAGAAGCGGCUCGACGUCGUGCGCGCCGCGUUGAACCGGCCCCUGACGCUCGCGGAGAAGAUCCUCUACGCGCACCUUGCCGACCCAGCAAAGGCCGUCGAGUCAGGCAUCGUCCGGGGACAGAGCUACUUGCAGCUGCACCCGCAGCGCGUAGCGAUGCAGGACGCGUCCGCGCAAAUGGCACUCCUCCAGUUCAUGUCCGCCGACCUCGAUCGCUGCGCCGUCCCCACCUCCAUCCACUGCGACCACCUUAUCCAAGCCAACGUCGGCGCAGAUGCCGACCUCGAGCGCUCCAUUGCGGCCAACCAGGAGGUCUUUGACUUCCUCGAGUCUGCCGCGAAGAAGUACGGUAUCGCCUUCUGGCCGCCUGGCUCGGGUAUCAUCCACCAGAUUGUCCUCGAGAACUAUGCCGCGCCAGGCAUGCUCAUGCUCGGAACCGACUCGCAUACCCCGAACGCCAGUGGUCUCGGUGGACUUGCCAUUGGUGUCGGUGGUGCAGAUGCCGUCGACGCCAUGACUGGCACGCCUUGGGAGCUCAAAGCACCCCGCGUGCUCGGUAUCCGCCUGACGGGCGAGCUCGAUCCGUGGGCUACGCCGAAGGACCUCAUCCUCAACCUCGCGGGCCGCCUGACGGUCAAGGGCGGCACCGGGAACAUCCUCGAGUACUUUGGCCCCGCCGUGCACGAGCAGAGCGCCACCGGCCUCGCCACGAUCGCGAACAUGGGCGCCGAGGUCGGCGCGACGACGAGCGCGUUCCCCUUCACAAAGCACAUGGACGCGUAUCUCCGCGCCACGGGCCGCGCCAAUACCGCGCGCGCUGCAGGCCUAGCUGCGCGCGGGGGCUACCUCGCCGCGGACGAGGGCGCCGAGUACGACGACCUCAUCGAGGUGGACCUGAACAAGGUCGAGCCAACCAUCAACGGACCCUUCACGCCCGACCUCGCCACCCCGCUCAGCAAGUUCACCGAGUUUGCGAAGGAGAAGGGGUACACGGACAAUCUCAGCGCGGCGCUCAUCGGCUCAUGCACGAACUCCUCGUACCAGGACAUGACCGCCGCGGCGGAUCUGGCCAGGCAAGCGAGUGAAGCCGGUUUGAAAACCAGGGUGCCCUUCCUCGUCACGCCCGGUAGCGAGCAGAUCCGCGCAACGCUCGAGCGCGAUGGCAUCACCGGUGCCCUCGAGGGCGUUGGCGCCACGGUCCUCGCGAACGCCUGCGGCCCCUGCAUCGGCCAGUGGAAGCGCGGCGACGAGAAGGAGGCAAAGGAGCGGGGCGACAACGCCAUCCUCACCUCCUUCAACCGCAACUUCCGCGCGCGCAACGACGGGAACCUGCGCACCAUGAACUUCCUCGCGUCCCCCGUCCUUGUCACUGCCUCCGCCUUCUCUGGCCGUGUCGGCUUCGACCCGAGAACAGACACCAUCGAGCGUGAAGGGGCGCCCCCUUUCCGCUUCUCCCCACCCGCCUCCAUCGAUCUCCCCUCCGCCGGCUUCGCUACGGGCAAUGCCAGCCUAUACCCGCACCCAGACCCUCAACCCGACCCCAGCGUUGAGGUCAGGAUCCGGGAAGACAGUCAACGGCUGGAGAAGCUCGAGCCCUUCGGUAGCCACUUCGGCGACCACAACCCGCGCGGACUCGAGCUUCCUGCCCUCCAGGUGCUCAUGCGUGUCCGCGGCAAGUGUACGACGGACCACAUCUCGGCCGCGGGUCCUUGGCUCAAGUACAAGGGCCACCUCACGAACAUCUCGGAGAACUUGUUGAUCACAGCCACCAACGACGAGCUCGACGCUGUCAACGCCGCUGUGGACCCGGUGUCUAACACGCAGGACACCAUUCCCGAGACGGCGAAGCGGCUACGCGACCGCGGGCAGCCCUGGGCACUGAUCGUGGACGAGAACUACGGCGAGGGAAGCGCGCGGGAGCACGCAGCGCUCCAGCCGCGGUUCUAUGGGUGUGCCCUUGUCGUGGCGCGAUCGUUUGCGCGUAUUCACGAGACGAACCUGAAGAAACAAGGUGUCCUGCCACUCUGGUUCGCCGACAAGGCGGACUACGCGAAGAUUGGGGCGGGUGAUACUGUUGAGACGGAGGGGCUUGCGGAGCUAUUGAGCGGGAAGGAUGACGCACCCCUCCACCUCAAGGUGACGAAGCGCUCCGACGGCAGCGUCUUCCGCAUACCCGUUACGCACACGAUGAGCGCGGACCAGCUGCGGUGGUUGAGGCAUGGAAGUGCCCUGAACUACAUCCGGGCAGUCAAGAGCGGGGAGGCCUAA